AUAUUUACAUUGCAGUCAGCUGACUUCCAUUCACAUGACUGCAAUUAGCAAAAGAGCAUUGCAGUUUUUGUCAUAUUGUAGGUGGUCUUUAUUACUAUGUCAUUAAAAUAAAGGCUACGUUAAUGACAGAUAGUUUAGGUCAGCUAGGUAGCGUUUUCGCUUUCACAAUUAGUUGCCAGUUAGCUGAGCAUUUGGAACAUUUAGCAAGUGAUUAGCUAGCACUUAGUUAGUAACUAGCUAGCUGGUUGAGCUAGCUGCUCCAAAGGAGACAACUUUAAUUUAACUACUAAAAUUAACGUGCCAGCAGCGUUUGUAAGAAUGGACAAAAUUGCUAAAGAUGUGGGUGAUAUCCAGUCCCGACUGUUAGACCACAGACCAAUCAUCAAUGCAGAGGUCCGCUACUUCGUGAGAGAGUUUGAGGAAAAACGUGGACACAGGGAGAGCAGACUGCUGGAGAACCUCAAUAAAAUGGUUUCGGAAACAAAUGAGCAAAUCCUGCCAACAGAUUUAGAGGGCAUGCUGUCUGAUGUUGUUAAACGGUUGGAGGCUGCUAAUCACAUGGCAGAGAGAGUCCAGCAGAGGGAGCUAGAGGCACAGCAGAGCAUGCAACUGCAGGUGAACAUGGAGCAUUUGAAAGAUGAUUGGGCAGAGUUUCUAAAAGAACAGCAGAGAUUAAAGGAGGAGGUGAAUGAAGAGCACGCCAAGGCUGUAGGACAACUUAGCACCAAGUACAGCGAAAAGAAGAAGGACUUGACCAAGUUUUCACUCCUCUAAUCAGUUGAUGUUUGCGAGGGUGUGAAUGAACAAACCUCUCUUAUUCCAUGCUUGUGUUUGUUAUGGACAUGGACGUCAGUUCUGCAUGUGCAAAAAAUCGCCUUUGAUUGAUGAACUCGGCCGUUGGCAUAAAACGUAGAGGUUUUGUGCCUGCACAAGACUCAACAUUUUCCAAAUCGUGAAUAUGAAAGUGUGAUUAACAACGUGGCAUUUCACAGGCCAUCAAACUCAAAAGUUUCUGUCUUUAGCGCAUGGAAUUUUCACGGCACCUAAAAGGUCUGGAAUAUGUAAUUUUUAAACAAGCAAUCAUGUGAUUGUUCCUUGGCCGUGAAGUUUUCAACAUUUCAAGAUUUUUAAUGGAUGCCUGCCUGAAGGGUGCUGAUGAUAAAUUUGCAUCUGCCUCAAGUUGAAAGGAACCUGGAGUUUAGCACCAAGGCGAGAUAUUCUAAGCACUGAAAGCCAGAUCAUUAAAUGUUAAAGGAGCCCUUCUGAGCAGGUGUGUUUAAAGCACAAGUGUUGUAGAAACAAGCUCAAACUAAACAGUUUCCAGAACAAAUCAUCCCUCAUCAGCUAUCCCGUGUUUGGAACAUUUGACCUCUGACAUUAACUUUGUGUAAACCAACAGUCUGUGAAGUAACUUUCAUUAUAAAAGGCCUUUGCUGAAACCAAUUUAAAUGAUCAGCAGCAGCUGUUUUUUGUUUGCUUUGCCACCUCAAAUCUGAUUUAAAUGAGUUACAAAUCCGAUAUUUUCAUUGCUGUUUAAACAGAAAAAAACAUGAAUCACAUGAUUUUGUUUUUCUAGUUUGAAUUUCUGUCUGGUUAUGUGUACAUAAAAAAAGAUAAACACAAAGUGUUCAUUUCUAUUUUGCAUUUUGUAUUUAUCAUAUUGCACACUAAGGCAUUUACAACAGUGGAAAUACUCACCUUAUACGGUUUUAUCCCAGUUAUACAGCAAACACAAUAAUAUAUAAAAGUUGUAAUAUAUAAAAGCCUGUGUGGAUCUUGACCCUGAAGCGGAGGUUGAUGUUAGACACACAGCACUUUUAAUGAAGGGUUUUGUUUUUGCUCCAGACAAUGGUAGGCUGUUGGACAGGUUAAUGGAUGGGUGGGCACGCUGGGCACAUUCCUGGCAUGGCUGAGAACAGAGUUCAUCUCAGACAAUGUAAUAGAACAAAUAUUUUAGAUACCCCCCUUCACAUCCCUACCACACACUCCUUUAAACUGCCCAGACACCUCAGCUGUCAAAUGUAUCAUCUAAAGAAGCAAGUUUAGACUUCACCUCAUCCAUCAGCCAAAGUAAAACACAGUUCCUGUAAGAAAAAUAAGAAUAAAA